CAUCUUCUCUCACAUCUCUGCUGUGCUAAGCAAUUCAAUUCACUGGUUUGCGAUGGUACGGUUCCCACGACUGCAAUAUCCUGUAACAAGAGACUAUUCUCUCGCAUUCACUAUUUUCACCUUCUUAGGGUUUGGCUUAAUUGGAGGGUUACUAGCCGCCAUCAACUUCGCUGCAGAUGGCUACCAAACAUUGACCGUAAUUAGUUCCGACUUCAACUCAACCCAGACCUUUUGGUACGACAAAGUAGUACCGUCUUUCCUUCUCCCAUCCUCUGCAACGAAUCGGCAAUGUCAGCCAUACACAUACCAUGUCGGUGAUAAAUUUCGAACAACAAACAAGAUCUUUAAUUGGGUGAUUAGCAACGUUCUGGUCGAAACUGACGGUGCAGGCAAUUCGAUGCCCGGAACGAUACACAGCGCGAUGCCGUACUCGAACGUCCCACUCGAUUAUUGCGACGUGAUGGAUAUCCACAUAAAUGCUGACCUCUUCCUACGUCGCGUUACUGCAAGCGUCGACAUCCUCUGCGAGAUGCCAAUCCCACUGGUAGCGAACACGCUUAUCUCUUCCUCGGAAGUCGACACCCGAGCGUCGGUGAAUGAAGUGCCGUGGCUGACAACAUAUGGGUCGACGUUCGAUUAUACUCCUCAGCUGAACGUAUCGAUGGCAACGAAUGUGCUUGGAUGGGAUCUGCUCAUCGGCAUGCAAGCAGAAUACGCCGGCAGCCUGGGGAAUGCCCCCACGCUCCUGGAGACAAAAUUCGACUUCCGAUCAUACACCGAUGGCUACUGUCCUGCAAUCUUCGUCGGUACAGGAAAAUGGUGUUCGGAGGCAGACAAUUCCGCCCUGCCUAUUUUCACCGUUGACGCUGGCGACUAUGUUGGCUUCGACAACUUUACGGUUACCGUCGAGCCCGCAGGGUGGGACCUGUCGGAUUAUACGAUCAGCAACCCCGUCUACUGGAACCCGAUCCGGAAUUUCAUACACGCGACACACGCAGCCGCGCGUGCAGAUCUAGGCGCCUUCAGGCCAAGCAACAUGUUCCAGAACCUCUCCAUGAUGCCCCUGGCGGUGAACACGACGGGGUACCUCGCCGCGGAGGGCAAGUUCGUCCAGGUACCGCUGUACGCUGCUGAGCUUGUCCUGACCGGACUGGGGGAGAAUGGGACUUUUUCCGGACUGCCUAUGCCACCCGCUAAUGGGACGCUGAUCGACACGAGCUACGUGUGUAACCGUCAGUUCCUGAAGAACCCCGCUGCGCUCUUCUUUGCAAUCACGUCCGGUACGCUGUCUAACAUACUUGUCCUGUGGGGAUUCUGGAUGCUCCUAGCAUCCCGGCACGUCAAAGCUGGUAACCCACCGAUGAACACAUGUACAUAUCACGCACUCGAGCAAACCCCAGUGAAAAGGUUCACGAUCGGCAGUCUCCCCCGGUCCGAUCCGAAGGACUGGACCUAUGCGCGAGCGUCGACUGCCAGUGACGAGCCUGGGUCAACCCUGAAAUCGCCCUGGGACGAGUUGGAACUUGGUGUACAUGUAGGACAUCAGUACCCGCCUCCGCCAAGUUGGAUGCUCCAACUUCCUGGGGUGAACAGGAAUCAGGGGAGCUAUGAGAGUGUGUUGAUGGAGGACCUGAGCCCGCCGGGGGGGAAGAGUUGGUCUACCAAAUCAGCUUAGAUGUAUGCGGUGGGGAUGGACUUGAGGGACAAUCAAAUUCGGUAUGUAUAGUGUACAAUGUAUGUAGUCGUAGUCGUAGGGUGUAUUGCGAAUUUCAC